AUGCAUUCUUCACUCCCGCUGCGAGCUGGCCUCCUUAAACGAUCCUCCUACUACAACUCCGACUACCGUAGCGGGGCUGCCCUGCUUCGAGCCCGCCGUCCGUACCUGGUCAAGAACACCCUCACAGGCAUAGCGAUCUUCGGCUUCGCUAUUGGAGUUUUCGCAUUUACACUCAGAGCCGUCGGCCAAGAGACCUUUGACGACGUGAUCGUUCCGUCGGACACGGACACCGUUGCGCCAAACUCCUCCCCAGCUGAGACCGCACGGUUACAGCAGAUUCCCAAUCAGUCGCCGAAGACACCAACCGCGUAG